AUGUCUCAACUAAUGGUAUUUAUUCCUUACAGGACCCAGUGAUCAGAAGGCAGAUUGUACUACAUCCGAUUCUAUGAAACAAUUAGUUUUAGAGAUCCCUAAACCGUAUAUCCGUUUGGCUGGAGCAUGCAUUAGUUUGUUGAUAAUUGGACUUCUGGCAUUAAGCAUUCGUUUCUGCAACAAGCAUGUGAAAGAAUUAAAAAAACGUGAGGAAGAGGUGCGGAGUCUUCAAGUAGUUGUACCAGGAGUAAAAAUACACAUAGGAGAAGAAGGGAACUCUAAGGAAAAUGAAGUGACUCCUAAUACAGAAAAUAAUAAUAAAGUGGUAGAAAUAUCAGAAUCUGCUACAAUAACGGAUGUCCCUCAAGAGAACUGUGCUGAAACAGAUAAAGAGAUUAAAGAUGUUGAAUCACAGCACAUGAACGAAGAUACCACUAAAAAACAAAAAAAGAAAAACUGGAGGAAAUAUCUUCCUUUUACUAAAAAAACCAAUCCACCUCCUGAGAACGGUGUGGAAACAGAUAAAGAGCUAAAGGAAAGUGGGAAGAAACUACUAAAACUACUAAAACUACUAAAAGUAGUAAAACCACGAAAACCAGAAUUAGCAGAGGAAACAGAUGAACAGAACAAGAAAGUUGAUGAAACGCAAGUAGAGGAAGUUGAUAAGAAGAAGAAAAAAAGAAUAUGGAAAUGGAAAUGGAAAAAGAAAAGGGCAGAAAUGACACUUCUCCCAUUACAAAAACCAAAGUCGAAGGAGGAGCAGUUUAAAAAAAAAUAGAAUAACGGCAGCCCUUUCCUCGUGAUGCAAUUAUGGGCGACUUCGGAAAACGAAGCGUUUCGUGUGCCCGCCCCCAGGCGAUUUACAUUUUAACCGGCGGAAGGCAGGGGAAGACAGAUCAUGGAGAUGAGUAGCCACGAAGAAGAGGAGAUUUGUCGCCUGGCAACUAAUCUCCCCGAAUCUGCCUGUGUGGCCAGACCCUUAGAAUCAGUGUGACCUUUAAAUAUUGAUAACGUUAUGUGUUUUUUUUUUCCUUGUUUAUAUUGUUACACUUAAAAAAAUAAACCAUUGUAUAAAAGUAUACCAGCUUUAUUUUCUAAUGACUUGAGUAAUAAAAUACACGGGAACACCUUAAA